CUGUCGACAACACGGUGGAACCUGUUCCCCUGAUCACGACGGUUGUCAACAUAUAUUUUGGUCCGGCUACUGUCAUCGCCAACACGGCCACACCCACCUGUGUUGUGUGAGACAACAUCCCGUGACACACGUCACAACAGAUGCACCAGCUCCGAAACCAACACAAGCCAUCCAAUAUAGCCACCCAUCAUAAUGCGGAACCCGUGCGUUUGGCGGGGGUAUCCUUGGAAGAAGAAUCGUAGGAAGGUCGCGGUCUGCACCGGGGGAGUGGCCUUGGUAGGUUUAUAUAACGUAUGACGGCAAGUCCGCCUGUUCAGGUGUAAUCAUCGCAGACACUUGGGUCCUCACGGCCGCACACUGCAUUCAAAAUGCGGAAAGUCUAGGUAGGUACAUGGUGAGGGCGGGAGAGUACAACACGAAGACUCACGACGGUACAGAACAAUACUACAGCGUCCACAAGAUUAUACCCCAUCCAGAGUUCAAUAAGGUCACUGCUCAAAAUGACAUAGCUUUGAUGCGCAUCAACAGCCAAUUUGCCUUCAACAACAAUGUCAGAGCGAUUUGCCUCCCUGCAUCGGCCAACUCCCCCACGGGCUGCUUUGUGACUGGAUGGGGUGAAACCCACGGUCACCAGGACAGUAGUUUCCUGAAGAAGGCUAGUGUGUCGAUUGUGCCGUUGGCUGAAUGUAGGACAGACUACGCCAACGUUGGCUACAACGUCUUCGACAACAACAUAUGUGCAAGUGGUGGCGGAAAUGAUGCCUGUGAGGGUGAUUCUGGAGGCCCCCUCGUGUGCAUGGAGCAGGGGGCGUGUCACCUGAAAGGGUUGGUGUUGUGGGGCAAGCAGUGCGGGGACGGCAGGUUCCCGGGCGUCUACACCAGAGUCUUCAGCUACAGAGAGUGGAUACACAACAUCAUCAGCUGAUGCGGGCAUUUUCUGGUGCCGUUAUAUGGCCGAUCGAUUCUAAUUUAUAUCCAAAAGAUACAAUAAAACUGUGGGUUUGCUAAUGGUUA